UGUUUUCUUCUGUUGUUUUCAUGGAUGAGAUAUAAUUUGGGUAUUUGAAAAAAAAGGUAUAUUUUUUUUUUAUUUCUGGGGUUGUUUAGGAGGUGCAAAUUCAAGUGGGUAUGGGAGGUUGGGAUUGGAACAAUGAAGAUAAGGCUCUGGUUGCCUUUGUUUUAGGAACAAAAGCAUUUGACUUCUUGUUAACAAGUUCAGUUUCAAAUGAGAACCUUUUAAUGGCUAUAAAUGGUGAUGAGAAUCUUCAAAACAAGCUCUCGGAUCUUGUGGACCGCCCCAACGCUUCUAAUUUUAGCUGGAACUAUGCCAUUUUCUGGCAACUUUCGACUUCCAAAUCUGGCAAUUGGGUCCUCGGUUGGGGAGAUGGGUGUUGCAGGGAGCCUAGAGAAGGGGAAGAAUCCGAAGCUGCUCGGAUUCUUGCUCCCCGACUCGAAGACGAGACUCUGCAGCAUAUGAGGAAAAGGGUGUUGCAGAGAUUGCAUACUUUGUUCGGUGGAUCAUGUGAGGAUAAUUAUGCUAUUGGUUUGGAUAGAGUCACUGAUACUGAGAUGUUCUUUUUAGCAUCCAUGUAUUUCUCUUUUCCUGGAGGAGAAGGCGGUCCGGGGAAGUGUUUUGCUUCCGGGAACCAUGUUUGGAUCUCGGAUGCAUUGAAACCGGAUUCUGAGUAUUGUGUUCGGUCGUUUUUGACAAAUUCUGCUGGAAUUCGGACCAUUGUUUUGGUUCCUACGGAUGUUGGUGUUGUUGAAUUGGGGUCUGUGAGACAUGUCCCUGAAAGCUUAGAGUUGCUGCAAUCGAUAAGAAGUUUGUUCUCAUCGAGUUCUUCUUUGCUUGGGGCUAAAGAAAUGGCGACAUCCAUGCCUGUGGUGAAUGAGAAGAAAGAUGAAAAUCUCCGAAUCUCGAAUUCGGUGAUUGUUGAAAGAGCUGAAGGAGUUCCAAAGAUUUUUGGGCAGGAACUUGCUGUUAGAAAUAUUGAUGAUAGAGCUGCAUGGGGAGCACAUGCUGAUGAUGGUGGCAGGCUUUCGUUUUCGAGUCAUCAAAAUGGUGUCCAUGGUUUGGGUUUGCAACAUGUUCAUGGCGUGAAACAAUGGAGUGCAUAUGCUUCUCGGAAAGAUACGGCGAAUAGUUUUAAAGAGCUUGCUAAUGGAGCUAGGGGCGACUUUCAGGUUAACCACUAUUUAUCACAAGAGCCAGCUCAAAUAAAGAUUGAUUUUUCAGGGGCUACUUCAAGGCCAUCUGCCAUUACUAGGCCAUUAAGGGCUGAUUUUGAGCACUCGGAUGUUGAAGCUUUGUGCCUGGAAGAGAAGCCGAGUGCAGCCGAUGAUAGGAGGCCCCGGAAAAAGGGUAGAAAGCCUGCUAAUGGAAGAGAAGAGCCUCUAAAUCAUGUUGAAGCAGAGCGGCAGCGGCGCGAGAAACUGAACCAGCGGUUCUAUGCCUUACGAGCCGUGGUGCCCAACGUAUCAAAGAUGGAUAAAGCUUCAUUGUUAGGAGAUGCAAUUGAUUACAUCAACGAACUUCAGGCAAAGCUAAAUGCCAUGGAAGCCGAGAGUAAGAGGUUCGGUAGUAGUACUACGAGAGAUUUGUCAGGAUCGGAUCCUAACGCAAAUGCAGAGAACCAUAUCCGAACUCCCGAUAUCAAUGUUCAAGCUUUUCACGAUGAGGUUGUUAUACGAGUAAGCUGUCCUCUAGAUUCACAUCCUGCGUCAAGAGUAAUCCAAGCACUCAAAGAAGCACAGAUCAACAUACUCGAGUCAAAACUUUCCGCAACAGAUCACAUCGUGUACCAUACAUUCCUUAUCAAGCCUCUAGGAUACGAGCAGCUAACAAGGGAGAAGUUGAUCGCAGCAUUUUCGCGCGACUCAAAUUCCUUAGAUAGCACACAUUUGCAUUUAACAUAGUCCAUAGGUG